CCACUAUCGCUAUUGCAAUAAAAAAUUAUGCUACAGAAAAAAGAGGACAACUUAUCCAAAUAAAUUUCUGAGUAAGAAAUGGGGACCCCAACAACUAUGCACAGCACAGUGAUUUUUGCGCACAGAAAAAAUUAUAUAUGCUUCGUUGAUUUUCUUAAGGUUAAUAUUACCAUGCAUAUAUUUCCCACAGCUCAAUUUUCCGGCACUUUCUCUCUCUAAGCGUCAGUUUCUUUCUCAUAUUUAUUUAUCAAGGGAGAGAAGCAGAUAUAAGUUGUUGCUUGAUUGGAUGGCGAAGACUGCCAAUUAUUAUUCCAUGGCGGUGGGGAUUCUUGGAGCAAUUGUUUGUGCAAAUUUGAUUUCGGUGGCAGUAAGUGUAAGGAUGCUGCCUCUGCAUCCUUACUUGAAUGGCCAAGAGAAGCCAAUUAGUAACAUUUAUGAUACUUCAAAUUAUGGGAUUCUUCAGCUUAACAAUGGUUUGGCCAAAACUCCUCAGAUGGGAUGGAAUAGCUGGAACUUUUUUGCCUGUGAUAUCAAUGAAAUUGUUAUCAAGGAAACAGCUGAUGCACUUGUUACAACUGGCCUGGCCAAGUUAGGUUAUAAUUACGUAAAUAUUGAUGAUUGCUGGUCUGAACUAGUACGGGACUCAAAGGGUCAGCUAGUUCCCGAUUCAAAAACUUUUCCAUCCGGAAUAAAAGCUCUUGCUGAUUAUGUGCACUCAAAGGGCCUGAAGCUAGGUAUCUACUCAGAUGCAGGGGCUUUCACUUGCCAAGUUCGACCUGGAUCCAUUUUUCAUGAAUCCGAUGAUGCCAAACUCUUUGCUUCUUGGGGUGUUGAUUACUUGAAGUACGACAAUUGUUUCAAUCUGGGCAUUCCUCCAAAAGAAAGGUAUCCACCAAUGCGUGAUGCCCUGAAUGCAACUGGCCGCUCGAUAUUCUACUCGCUUUGUGAAUGGGGUGUGGAUGACCCAGCCUUAUGGGCUGGCACAGUUGGAAACAGUUGGCGGACAACUGACGACAUCAAUGAUUCAUGGGCAAGCAUGACAACAAUCGCUGAUCUCAAUGAUAAGUGGGCAGCUUAUGCUGGACCUGGUGGAUGGAAUGACCCUGAUAUGUUAGAAGUUGGAAAUGGCGGCAUGACUUACGAGGAGUAUCGAGCACAUUUCAGCAUCUGGGCUCUGAUGAAGGCUCCGCUUUUGAUAGGCUGCGAUGUUAGAAAUAUCACUUCAGAGGCAUUUGAAAUUCUUAGUAACGAGGAGGUUAUCGCUGUAAACCAAGAUCCACUGGGAGUUCAAGGAAGGAAAGUAUAUGCAUAUGGAGCCGAUAAUUCUUAUCAGGUCUGGGCGGGCCCACUUUCUGGUCAACGUCUAGCUGUCGUUCUAUGGAAUAGAGGUUCAAAAACUGCCUCUAUCACGGUUAAAUGGGAUGUACUUGGACUCGAGUCUUCUAUCAGUGUCUCUGUUAGAGACUUAUGGAAUCACAAAUAUGUAUCAGCGAACAGCAUGGCCUAUUUCAGUGCUCGAGUUGAUGCUCAUUCUUCUGAGAUGUACGUUUUCACUCCGUCAAUGACCUUCUCGGCUAGUUAAUCGGUUGCCAGUGAGAUUCAAGAAUCUUGGCACGACAGUUCUAGCAGUUGAUCUGUAUUGAAGAAAGGCAGGUACGUUUUGGUCAUCGGUUGUGUCCGAUGCUGUCAUAUCGUUUGUUACAAGAGUGGGCAGAUUUGAUAUUUGCUUGUGCAGGUGUGUUAAUAUGCCAUGAAUAAACAGUUAGAUUUAGAAGAGGGAUUCUGUUGUAUUGCUUGAAUUGUAAGGUCAUUUGAUCUGCGUGGUCUGUGCACAAGAUUAUGUAUUUCGAUUUUUAUGUAAGAUAGAAGAUUGUGUAUUUCGGUUUGAAAUGUCACACUUGAGCAAAAAGAAGGUUCAGUAAUCAUAGUUUUGAGGAA